CAGUGCGUCCUGCCGGCGGGAAAUAAUAGCCAACUAUGAACGAGUAUAGCUACCGUUGUACUUGAUGGUAAUUUUGUUAGAGCUGAUGUGGGGUUUUAUAACUAUUUUGAUGUAAAGUGAAAAUAAUUUUGACUAGUUUCGUUUAGCGUAAAGCUGUCGGAGACAACAAUGGUUCAAAUAGUCAUAAGAAGCAGUGUGGAUGGCAGUAGUCCUCCAGAGUGGCUGCUCGUGGAGCUGCAGGGAGAGAUGGUGUCCCGACACAACUCUGGUCUGGCAGGAAACGUAAUGGGAGACCUGAUGUACACCAAAGAGGGGGUGCCAGUGCUCAUUGUUGGACAUCACAUUCUAUAUGGGAAGCAGGUCAAACUGGAGAAACCAUUCGCUGUCCUCACAAAGCAUCCCGGCCACUCACAGGACACCGCCGACAGCCAUGACAACGAUGACGGUGCCACUCAGGUUCCCAUGGAAACGGAUCAGCAAGGACCCUCCACCACCUCUUACUCUGUGUCCGCCCUCAUCAAGAAGAAACUGAUCUUCAAGACACGACCCAAACCCAUCAUCACUAACGUACCCAGGAAGGUGUGAGGGACCUGGACCAGUACUGGGCCUUUAACUUCAGCCCAUGGGAUCAUGUUGGAACUGGGGCCUGAAUCACAAAGCAAGUUCAACAAAACCAGGCUUUUUCAGGCUGAUUAACUGG